AUGGGUAAGGUUAAUGUUCUUAAAAGUGAGGUAGCUUCGUUGGAAGCGAAUAAUGAGGAGAGCAAGCGCAUAGUCACUUGUUUGGAGCAACAACUGGAGUUCGCAACGUCUGGUGCAACUAUUAUCAACACUUGGAAGAUAACUCAAGAGUUCAAGAUCGCAAAGCACCAAAUUGGAAAGCUGAGGAGGCCGAAACAGCUUAUAGAGAGGUAUUAA